CUACAGAUCUCCAUAUAUUUAUUAAACAAUAAAUGUUUAAUCGAACACUUAAUGUUUAUACCCAAAUAUAAACACCAGUAUUGGCGUUUCAUAUCAUAUAUGCUUUUACAUUCCGAUCUAUUUCAUCUGACAAUGAACAUAUGCCUGCAGUUGUUGAUUGGCGUAUGUUUGGAGAUAGAACAAGGGCAUCUGAGAGUGGCGAUUGUCUAUAUGGCGGGCGUUGUUUCUGGUUCAUUGGCCACGUUAUACUUACUUCCACAACUCUCGUUAAUGGGUGCUUCAGCCGGUGUCUAUGGUAUGUUGAUGAGCCACUUACCACAUUUAAUAAAGAAUUUUCAUUACUUAACUUACCGUUACUUACGACUAACAUGUAUGGUAAUUUUAUUCCUCAGUGAUGUAUGUUUUACGACAUACCACGCCAUCGCGAAUGGAAAUAUGAAUCCACGGAUAUGUGUUGAAGCUCACAUUGCUGGUGCAAUUAACGGUUUUAUUAGUGGUUUUCUAGUCUACGCAACAAGUGAAAGACAGUCUAUGUCGAGCACAUGCACAUAGCGUUUAUUUAA